GUAUUAUUAUGUGGCGUGUCAUGAGAGUUCUUCAAAAAGAAGAAGAAAAAGUAUUUUCGAAAAAGAUGAAAAUGUGAAAAUUUGGAUUGUUUUACGUAUAAAUGCAUGAAGAAGAACGAUAUUAUCCCAUACGCUAUUUUAUAGAUUAUCAACAUGGAAGAGCCUACUGAAGAAAAUGUCUUCAGCUUCCAAGAUGAGAAGACGUCACCUGACCCUAUCCACGACUAUCCAAAGACGUUACUCGAAUCAAGGGUGCCACUGGUGAUUGACAAUGGUGCAUAUCAGUGCAGGGCAGGCUGGGCAUCUGAUGAAGAUCCAAGACUGUUUUUCAAAAAUGUUCUUGUGAAACAGCGAGGGAAAAAGGAGUCAGAAACUCAGGUGGGCAAUGACAUCACUAAUAUUGAGGUUGUUCGUUGGCAGCUAAAGAGUCAGUUUGACAGAAAUGUCAUCACUCAGUAUGACGUACAGGAGCAGAUCUUUGACUACCUGUUCAGUCACAUGGGCAUAGAUAGCGAUGGUUCGGUGCAGCAUCCUAUAUGUAUGACAGAACCUGCGUGUAACCCUAACUACUGCAGAUUACAGAUGUCAGAGCUGCUGUUUGAGUGCUAUGGAGUCCCAGAGAUCUGUUAUGGUGUCGAUUCGCUAUUCUCCCUCUAUAAUAAUCUGCCACAGCCAGGUAAAGCUGAUGCCAUGGUGAUCUCCUGUGGUUACUACACAACACACAUUCUCCCUGUUCUUGAUGGACGCUUAGAUGGCAAACACUGCCGUAGAAUCAACAUAGGGGGUGCAAACUGUGACUUAUUCAUGCAUCGUUUACUGCAGUUGAAGUAUCCAGGCCAUUACGCUGCAAUAUCGGUCGGCAGGGCUGAGGAGCUUGUUCACAAACACAGUUACAUGAGUAAAAACUACUUAGAGGAACUGAAACUUUGGGGAACAGACAAUUACUACAAUAAAAAUGUGCACAAAAUUCAGCUCCCUUAUACAAAGAAAGUUGAGGUAGUUGUUGACCCAGAGCUCCAGAAAGCUAGAAGGGAAGUUCAUAUAAAACGUCUAAAAGAACUGGCAGCAAAACGCAGAGAAGCACAGCUAAUAAAUGAUGAGAGUAAACUCCGACUUUUGUUAAAUAUAAAACACAUGGCUGAAGAAGGGAAACACAAAGAACAAGUCAAGCAAAUGAUGGAAAACUUGGAUCUUGAAGAUAUGAAAGAGCUCCAGGUCUACAUUGAUAAGUUCACAGGAUCAAUACAACGUGCCAAGGUUGCCAUGGCGAGGCAAGACAACGAAGAGAAAAAAGGAAGUGCCGUUGAUAUAUUUGAGCUUCCCGAUGAGAAACUGACGUCUGCUCAAAGAGAAGCUAAACGCAAGGAGCAAGAAAUGGAAGAGAGACGUCGUCAAGACUUCAAUGGUUGGUUGAAAGAGAUCCAGACAGAGAGACAGGGUUUGGUUGAGAAGAGAACCAUCAGGAAGCAAAGAAGAUCUGACAUGGCCAAGAGAAGAACAUUUGCAUCACAACAAAGGAUGAAGAUAAUCUCACAGCUAGCUGCAGGAAGUAAGAAGAAGAGGAAGGAUGAUACGUUUGGAAUGGAUGACAGUGAUUGGAAUGUUUACAAGCAGAUUAACAAGGAUGCAGGGGACAGUGAUUCUGAGGCUGAGCAGGAGAGACUUGAUGAGUUGGAGACACUGCUACGAGAGUAUGACCCAAAUUUUGAAAGAGAAAAGGAAGGAGUGUUUGAUAUUGCUGAACACUACAAACUACAUGUUGGGGUGGAGAGAAUCAGGGUUCCUGAGUUGUUAUUUCAACCCUGCAUGGUGGGUAUUGAACAAGCUGGUUUGGCAGAGACUCUGGAGUUCAUACUCAAGAAAUACCCUGAUGAUAUUCAACAGAGAUUGGUCAAUCAUGUUUUCCUGACUGGGGGUAACAGCAUGUAUGCAAACUUUGCAGAGAGACUGGAACGUGAUU